CUGCGCACACACACACCCAGUCCCACUCCGUGUGUAUACAAAACCGAGCCCUCACUUCCGCACUGAGGGGGGCCUUCUUUCCCCCCCCCCCAUCUCGUCCUGGAGCCCAUCUUUGCGCAACUACCCUCGGCUCCAACCUCAAAGAGCAGCGUAACCAGGGCCCGAGCCGGCGACCUGACGCGCAUCGAGGCGAGAAGGAGAAACCAACGGACCUCCCCGGAGGCAAGCAGGUGGCCUCCAUACCGCUUUCCCUUCCUUCGGGGGAGCGGCUGGGUCCGUUAACUGACAGCCAGAUUAGCCAAUCGCGCUGCGCACAACGCUUACUUGCCUCUCCCUCUUGCCCAGUAAACAGAGGCCUCUCUUCCCGGUUCCUCGGGCGCUGCUCCGCCCUUCUUCCAGCCCCUCCUGACCCGGCUGGCCGCCUUUGCCGGAGCCGUUCCCCUUUAAGAGGAGGCUUCGAGCCGUAUAUCCCGCGCCGGAAGCAGGGAGGCACGUCAAUUUCAGCCUCGCAGAGAGAGAGAGAAAGAUCUCGGUUUAGUGGUCAGAAAAGGAGAGGGGAUUUGCAGCUCUCCUAGGAACCGCCGGAGUUCGGUGCGGGCGCCUGGCUAUGGAGAAGGGGGCUUCGGUCUGGACGCGCUUUAAAGGCAGUUAUGUGCAACUGGAUGGGUAACAUGCAGCUGGAGGAGAGCAUAUCCUGAGAGUAAGUUUAUGCAGCCAUCCACUUCUGACUAUUUGCCCUUCUGUGAUGGAUGAGUGGAAACCCAACACACCAGCCAAGCCAUGGAAGAAACGCAGCUCGUACCUGGCCUGGAAGUACAAACUGAUGAACCAGAGAGCCCUAAGGAGAUUGUGUCAGAUGGGAGCUGUUCUCUUCUUGCUGGUGACUGUCAUAGUCAACAUAAAGCUGAUCUUGGAUACUAGAAGAGCAGCCAGCGAAGAGGAAGACUCUGCCCAAGAUUAUGAUGAAGGUUUGCAGAACCUGGAAAUCCCACGACGGCCUGUCCAUAGUAGGAAAGUUCUGGACAUUGAAGUUUACUCCAGCCGCUCCAAGGUCUACGUGGCAGUGGAUGGUACAACGGUUUUGGAAGAUGAAGCCCGGGAGCAAGGCAGAGGCAUCCAUGUAAUUGUGUUAAACCAGGCUACGGGGCAUGUUAUGGCAAAGCGGGUUUUUGACACCUAUUCUCCACAUGAGGACGAAGCCAUGGUCCUUUUCCUCAACAUGGUAGCCAAAGGACGCAUCCUUAUCUUCACAAUUAAGGAUGAGGGUUCUUUCCACCUGAAAGACACAGCAAAGAGUCUCCUGAAGAGUUUAGGGAGCCAGAUUGCUGCUUCCCUCAGCUGGAGAGACAUGUGGGCCUUUGUGGGGAAGAAAGGAGGUGAGGUCUAUGGUGAAAAACAUGCCAAGUCCCCAUUGCUUUCCUCGUGGGGAGAGCCAGUCCUGCUGAAAACGGAAGUUCAACUGACCUCUGUAGAAGAUGCAGAAUGCCACUGGCCAGAUACAGAGCUGAACCGACGCCGGAAGCGCUUCUGUAGUAAAGUGGAAGGUUAUGGUAGUGUCUGCAGCUGUAAAGAUCCCACACCUAUAGAGUUCAACCCUGACCCGCUCAAAGACAACAAGGUUUUAAAUGUGCCUGUUGCUGUCAUCGCAGGGAACAGACCCAACUACCUGUACAGGAUGCUGAGGUCCCUUCUUUCAGCACAAGGAGUCAAUCCUCAAAUGAUAACAGUCUUUAUUGAUGGAUAUUAUGAGGAACCAAUGGAUGUUGUCGAGUUAUUUGGCCUGAAAGGAAUCCAGCACACACCCAUCAGCAUUAAAAAUGCCAGAGUCUCACAGCACUAUAAGGCCAGUUUGACUGCAACAUUUAACUUGCAUCCGGAAGCCACACUUGCUGUGGUGCUGGAAGAAGACCUGGACAUCUCCAUUGACUUCUUUAGCUUCUUAAGUCAAUCUGUCCAUUUGCUGGAAGAAGAUGAAAGCCUGUAUUGUAUCUCUGCCUGGAAUGACCAGGGUUAUGAGCACACGGCCGAAGACCCUUCACUCUUGUAUCGUGUGGAGACAAUGCCAGGCCUGGGCUGGGUGUUGAGGAAAUCUCUCUACAAGGAUGAGUUAGAGCCAAAAUGGCCGACACCAGAGAAGCUCUGGGACUGGGAUAUGUGGAUGCGAAUGCCAGAGCAACGGAAAGGCCGUGAAUGCCUCAUCCCUGAUGUGUCACGUUCAUACCACUUUGGCAUUGUUGGCCUCAACAUGAAUGGCUACUUCCAUGAAGCCUAUUUCAAAAAGCACAAGUUUAACACAGUCCCCAAUGUACAACUUAAAAAUGUGGAGAGCUUAAGGAAAGAUACCUAUGAGACUGAAAUCCACCGGCUGCUCAGUGAAGCAGAGGUUUUGGAUCACAGCAAAAACCCAUGUGAAGAUUCCUUUGUACCAGAUACUGAAGGAAAGAUCUAUGUGAUGUACAUCAAGAUGGAACAGGAAGCAGAUUUCACCACCUGGACUCAGCUUGCCAAGUGCCUCCAUAUCUGGGAUCUCGAUGUACGUGGAAACCACAAAGGACUGUGGCGACUCUUCCGUAAGAAGAAUCAUUUCCUGGUGGUAGGAGUCCCUGCCUCUCCCUAUUCGUUUAAGAAACCUUCAUCCAUAACCCCAAUCUACAUGGAGCCCCAAGCUAAGGAUGAGGCUGUGGGUGCUGUAGCAGCAGGAGCAGAGCAAACGUGACAAAGGGAGUGAUGUGUUGUCCAUUUUGCCUUCAAAGCCUGCUGGGAAAGGGGCACAUGGAGUCACAGAGGUCUGUGCAGUCUGUCAGCUGUUGUCUCUGAAGGACUAGAGAACAGGGGCAAGAGAAAAGGGGCCUCUUUGCUGGCCCUGAAAUGGCUGCUGCUGAGCAUCAUUAGAUUGCCCUGGGGAGUCAGUAGCAGGCGCCUUUAAUUUUUUUCUAAGCUGCUGCAGCAAAUUGAUUGUCUCAUUUUACUACUAAUGCUUUACUAAUUGUGGUCAUCCUUUCCUCAAAUUGGGGGUUGGGCCAAUUUGAGCUAUUUGCAAGGGAUUGGUUCCCUUUAGAAGCUCUUUCCCAAUGGCUUCAUCAGGAUUUUUCAUUGUUAUUUAUUAACUCUGUGCGCUGGUAAUCAUCCGUCAAAAAGGCUCUUGUCCAACUUUAUGGUUCUGGUGGAUUUUGAGGUAGAUGUAACAGUGGAGCCAUGACUGAACAUUGGAAGCAAAUGAAUCCCUGGAGGUGUGUCUGGACACUCUUCAAACAGAGGAACUGACUUACCAAGGCCUAGCUAGUGACUGCAGAGUGGACCAUUCACAUGCACAACAAGAGUGAUUUUGUGUCAGGAUUAGAGGUUCGGCCUUGAUUUUGUGUCACCAAGGUAAAGUAUGCAAAUACCUGCACUGUGGACACCUUCUCUUUGAUGCUUGGGCUCAGAAUGUCUCUUCUUCUUAGAUCCAUAGUUGAGUUUGCCUUGCAAGAUUGUAAAUUUCCAGUUUCUGACCUUUCUGUACCCAGUCAUUCUCCUGGUUUCAUCUGAGGUAGCCAAUCCAUCUUGGUGAAACUCUUGCCAAGAUCCAUAUUGGCACUAACAUCCCUGGGAUGCCAGGCUUGGCAGUGUCGCUCUUCCCCAGCACAUCUUGGAGGCUACCUGUGAAAGGAGCCAAGAGGCGGUGAAGUUGAGCAAAGUGAAAAAUGCCUUGAGUGAGGAAACGCUGAUCAAGGAAACCUUGGUGUUGAGGUUGAGGUGAAGCAAAUGAAUUCAACUGCACCUUCAUUCUGCCUGCUGUUUUGGAACAAAAUUCAACAAACCCUAAGCCAAGGGCAUGGUUGUUCCAAGGUGACCAUCUGCAGUAAGCUGUUUCAUCUGCUAAUCAGGACAUCUCUACUUGGAGACAUCCCACCCAUUUUUCUACUUGUGGACCUGAUAGGACGUGAGCCCUGUUCUCCUGAAAUGAACUCAGUAUUGAUCUCUUGAGGUACAUGUGACUGAAACCUUCUUUUCAAGAGGAGGAUCUGGAGGUGCUUGCAUGCCCCUUUGGCAGGAAUGGUGAUGAGGCUUAACAGGUUUUCCUGGAUUCCAAAUUGGCUGAAUGGAGAUGGUGGGGCUGGUGUGGGAGAAAAGGUGGCAAAUUCAGGGAUAAGGAGGAGAUCACGGUUUCCUCUUCCACAUCCUGUGCCUUACAAAAUGAGGGAAGCCCUUAGGUCUAGAAUGUAGCUUUCCAUAGAAUGAGUCAGUGAACAGCUAAAGCAGGGGUGUGAGCCAUUGCAGCCCUCCAGACCAUUCUGGCCUGCACUGCCUAUAACCUCUCACCACUGACUACAUUAUGGCUGUUGGGACUGAUCUGAUAAAAGUAAAUAGGCUCUGGACAGCCACUGUCUACUGCCCUGGAGCAAAAAGAAGGCAAUACUGCUCACUAGAAGGCAGUUGGAUUCUAGUUUGGUACAUUCGUUUCCUCCUUUUUUGGUGGUGGUUGCUGCUGCUGUUGUGUGGCUUUUUGUUUCCUCUUUUCUCCCCGUCCUUCCUUCUGCUUCCAAGGUAAUCAGAUGCAUAGAAUAACAGAUGUUAUCCUGAAAUAUUAAGAAUGCAAUGGAAAAAGGGGUGGAGGACAGGAGGAAAGGAUACAGCACAGUGUCUGAUGAGAAUGAGACACAGCUGCAGGCUUCGUAAAUAAGAACCACAAUUGGCCAACUCUGAGCUUGUGAGUGUCUUGUUUUACAACAGGUGCCUUGCACAUUAAAAACAAACUCCUCUGUCUUCUA